GUCCUGGAUUUCGCCGGCCGAGACGGAGUGCGUCUGUCUGUGUCAGGUGCGGGCUGCCAACGCGGAGCGAAAGGACCCGCUGCCGCACGGCCGCGCACCCCACCGACCCCAAGACGCCCCGAUAUCGAUAGAGUUAAAGAAGACGCAGGGUUUGCGAAGGUUUUCUUUCCCUCCCGCCCAGGGACCAUCAAGAGAAGGGGACCAUGGAGAGGCUGCUCCUGAGAAUGUGCUGCUGGUUGCUGUCAUUGACUCUCUGCGCCAUAAGUCGAGGGGAGAAAGCAGGGGCAAACACUGGAGAUCUCCAGGCCGCGUCCACACCCGUCGAGACCCUUCCCCGCUUCCAGGUUGAGCCAGAGAAUUCCUACAUUGUGAAGAACAACCCCAUUAAGCUCCGCUGCAAGGCAAUACCUGCCAUGCAGAUUUUCUUCAAGUGCAACGGAGACUGGGUGCAUCAGGAUGAACACAUGCUGGAGGAAGACGUGGAUGAAAACACAGGGUUGAACGUGCAGGAGGUGCUGAUCAACGUGUCUCGGCAGCAAGUGGAAGAUUUCCACGGCCCGGAAGACUACUGGUGCCUCUGCGUGGCCUGGAGUGAGCUGGGGACUACGAAGAGCAGGAAGGCCACAGUCCGCAUCGCAUAUCUGAGAAAAAACUUUGAACAAGAUCCGCAGGCAAAGGAGGUUCCUCUUGAAGGGAAGAUAAUCCUGCAUUGUCGUCCGCCUGAGGGAGUUCCCUCAGCCAAGGUCGAGUGGUUGAAGAACGAGGUGCCGAUUGAUCUACGGAGCGACCCGAAUGUAUACAGCACGGUGGAGCACAGUCUGAUCAUCGAGCAAGUGCAGCUCACCGAUGCAGGCAAUUACACCUGCGUUGCCGAAAACGUGGUGGCCCGGAGACGAACUACAGCCGCCACACUGACUGUCUUUGUCAACGGUGCCUGGUCAACGUGGACAGAGUGGUCAACGUGCAGCGUCCACUGUGGCCGUGGGUGGAAAAAGCGAACACGCACCUGCACCAGCCCAGCGCCGCUCAGCGGGGGAAGCUUUUGCGAAGGGAUCUCAGUCCAGAAGAUUGGCUGCUCCUCUCUGUGCCCAGUGGACGGAGGCUGGGAGCCGUGGAGCGGGUGGUCGGCUUGCUCCUCCGACUGUGAGCACCAGAGGGUCCGCGCCUGUGUGGCCCCCGAACCGAGGUACGGAGGACAGCCCUGCGAGGGCGUGGGCCAGGAGUCGGACAACUGCACCCAAGGCCUGUGCGUCCAGAAUCAACCACCCCUGCAGGAGGUACAACCUCAAAGUAUUGAGACCAACAGUGAUGUGGCGUUGUAUUCUGGACUGGGGGCGGCAGUGAUUGCAGUCGCUAUGCUGGUGGUGGGCAUCACAUUGUACCGGAGAAGUCAAAGUGAAUACGGUGUUGAUGUUAUUGACUCCUCAGCUCUGACCGGUGGCUUCCAGUCCUUCAACUUCAAGACAGUCAGACAGGGUAAUUCUCUGCUGCUGAACCCAUCGCUUCAGCAAGACCUGACGGUGAGCAGGACCUACAGUGGACCCAUCUGCUUCCAGGAGCCCAUGGGCAAGGAGCUCAUGAACCAGUCGCCCCUCUUUGACUCUCUGCCGGGGAUCAAGGUCAAGGUCCAGAGUUCUCUCAUGGUGUCGCUGGGGGUGGCUGACGGAGUGGAGUACCAGGGGAGGGUAUCGUCCCGCACCUACCCCCGUAACAGCAGGGUGGCUGACAAAAUGCACCACCCACGAAGCAACGCGUCCAGCUCUCAGCAUCUCCCCGCUGCCCUCGCUGGGGCUGGGGACCGGACCAGCGGUAUAUUCGGGUGCCUCGGAGGAUGUCUGGUGGGACCCGCCAAAGGAGUCCGUUUAAUGGUCCCUCUGGGAUCAAUUCCGGAGGGGAAUUCAUGGGAAAUGUACAUUGCAGUCAAUCAAGGCGAAACUAGCCUGCAACCAGAGGGAGGUGAGAUACUCCUGAGUCCGGAGGUCACCUGUGGACCAUCAGGUUUAUCCUUGUCCACCCCAGUUGCUCUGACAGUCCCUCACUGUGCCAUGGUGUGCCCAGAACACUGGAGCAUAAAGCUCAAGAGGCAGGUCCUGACUGGAAAAUGGGAGGAAGUGAUGUCGCUCGAAGACGAGACCACGUCCUGUUACUGCCUGAUGGACCUACACUCCUGCCACAUCCUUCUGGAGCAACUGGGAACCUACGCCCUGGUGGGUGAGGCCCUCACGGGCUGCGCCGAGAAAAGGCUAAAACUGGCCGUAUUUGGCCACCUGUCCUGCAGCUCGUUGGAGUACGACCUCCGGGUGUAUUGCGUGGAUGAUAUCCCAAGUACGCUGCAGGAGGUGGUGACUGAAGAGAGAAACCAGGGAGGACAUUUGUUGGCUGAGCCCGGAACUAUACAUUUCAAAGCAAACUCAUAUGGCCUUCAGAUCUCCCUACUCGACAUGCCCCAGUUCUUGUGGAGAGUGAAACCGCUGACACUGUUUCAGCAGGAAAUUGCCUUUUCCCAAAUAUGGAGCAGGAGCCAGCAGCCUCUGCCAUGUGCCUUCAGAGUGGAAAGAUUCAACUCAGCUACAACGCAGCUCUCUUGCAAGAUCUGCAUCCGACAGCUCAAAGGCGAUGAACUGUUCUUUCAGAUCAACACCUCCAUCCUUGAGGGUGAGAGAGAAGCUGUUCUCCUCUGUGCACAGGUUGCUGGUGGUGUGGCCAGUCUCACGGGCCCCAAGACCUUUAAGAUUCCCUAUUCCAUCCGACAGAAAAUCUGUUCCACCUUCGACAUUCCAAGCGCAACAGGCAAAGACUGGCGGCUGUUAGCACAGAAGCUCCACAUUGACAGGAACCUGAGCUACUUUGCAAUAAAGAGCAGCCCGGCGAGCACUAUCUUGGAUAUAUGGGAGGCACAGCAUCAACAUGACAGAGACCUUGACUCCUUAGCCAGUGCUCUGGAGGAGAUCGGCAGGAUCCAGGGUCCCAACUCAAUGACACUGGAAGGCGACGGUGACGAGGCGGACUACAACUAUGGUGGAUGAACCCCAGAGGCCAUUUGGCCUGACCUAUCCUGAGCAACCCUCUGCUCAGUCACAAUAUAGGAAAGAUUUCUCAGGAAAUGCUAAAGGUUUACUAUCCAAAUCUUUGGAUGUGUGUGUAAAUAGAAUUUAUUUGUAAAUAUUCAAGGUAGGGGUGCACCAAUUAUGAAUGGUCAGGUUGAGCCAACCCUCAGUGAGUUGGCCUGCUGCAAAAAAUAAACACUGUGUCUCAGCUGGUGAAUUCCUUGGUGCGAUUCCAAGCCCAGUGUUACUCCAGUCGAUAUCUCCCAACUGCGGGCGGCACAUUGGCGCAGCGGUAGAGUUACUGCCUCGCAGCGCCAGAGACCCGGGUUCGACCCUGACUACGGGUGCUUGUCCAUACGGAGUUUGUACCUUCUCCCCGUGACCCGCGUGGGUUUUCUCCGGUUUCCCUCCAAUUUGGCCAAAUUUCACCCCCCCCCCCCCUCCCGACCGAUCCCUAACCCCACCUACACACCGGGUGCCCAAGGACCAGAAGAGUGGGACUGAAGUGUAAACAGAAUUUCAGAUAUUCAGGACUUGAACUAUUCAAAGAGGGGUUGCAACUCACGGCAGCAGCACACGGAGUAUCGUGCGCAGUUGUGGUCACUCCGUGGGAAGGAUGUCAUUCAGCUGGAGAGGGUGCAGGAAAGAUUCACAAGGAAUAGAUCGGGUAGACACACAGAGUCCAGAUCCAGGGGCCAUAGUUUAAGAAUAUAAGCCAUUUAGAACGGAGAUGAGG